AGGGGAGGGGCGAGAGCCACAGACCCGCCGCGCCGGAGCUCCGCAGCCGGCGGGACCAGACGGGCUGGGGCGGGUGUGUGCGGGCGCACGGGGACAGCAGCUGCGGUCCGGCGCGAGCACGGUCAUCCUCUCGGUGAGGCGCGGGACGUGACUCAGGGAACACACAAGCUUCAUCAUGGGAGCUGUAGUAGCUGAUGAUGGUCCAUCUGGUGUUAAAGCCCCUGAUGGAGGCUGGGGCUGGGCUGUCCUUUUUGGCUGUUUUAUCAUCACAGGAUUCUCCUAUGCCUUUCCUAAGGCCGUUAGUGUUUUCUUUAAAGAACUUAUCCGGGAAUUUGGCAUUGGAUAUAGUGACACUGCAUGGAUUUCCUCCAUUCUGUUGGCCAUGCUUUAUGGAACAGGUCCACUGUGUAGUGUAUGUGUCAACCGCUUUGGCUGUCGUCCUGUCAUGCUGGUGGGUGGCCUUUUUGCCUCCAUGGGGAUGGUGAUAGCUUCCUUCUGUACAAGCAUCGUUCAGAUCUAUCUAACUGCAGGUGUGAUUACUGGUUUGGGUCUGGCACUAAACUUUCAGCCGUCACUCAUCAUGUUAAACCGUUACUUUGACAAACGCCGGCCCUUGGCCAAUGGGCUCUCUGCCGCUGGGAGUCCAGUGUUUCUUUGUGCUCUAUCACCCUUGGGGCAGAUACUACAACAUGAGUAUGGCUGGAGAGGAGGAUUCCUUAUACUGGGUGGGAUGCUGCUCAACUGCUGUGUAUGUGGAGCACUAAUGAGACCUUUGGAGCCACCCAAAAAGUCUGAAGCUACCAAAGAGCCAGCUGAGAAGAAAGUGAAGAAAAAACUUCUGGAUUUCAGUGUGUUUAAAGAUGGUGGUUUUGUAAUCUAUGCCCUAGCAGCAUCUAUCAUGGUGCUUGGCCUCUUUGUUCCCCCAGUUUUUGUUGUGAGUUAUGCCAAGGAUUUAGGCUAUCAAGACACCAAAGCAGCUUUUCUUCUGACUAUUCUGGGAUUCAUUGAUAUCUUUGCUCGGCCUAUUUGUGGAAUGGUAGCUGGUCUUAAAUGGGUUAGACCACGCUGUGUCUACCUCUUCAGUUUUGCUAUGAUUUUCAAUGGUUUCACAGAUCUCAUGGGUUCGAUGUCUGUUGAUUAUGGUGGACUGGUGGUCUUUUGCAUUUUCUUUGGCAUUUCUUAUGGAAUGGUAGGUGCUCUUCAAUUUGAAGUUCUCAUGGCUAUUGUUGGUACUCAGAAGUUUUCCAGUGCUAUCGGUUUAGUGCUCCUGGCAGAAGCUAUGGCUGUUCUAAUUGGUCCGCCAUCAGCAGGAAAACUCCUGGAUGCAACAGGGAGGUACAUGUUUGUAUUCAUUAUUGCUGGAAUUGAAGUUACCACCUCAGCACUUGUAUUGGCCUUGGGAAAUUUCUUCUGCAUUAAGAAAAAAUCGGAAGAACCACAUACAAAAGAAGAAGCAGCAGAAAGAGAGGAAUUAAACAAAUCUGAAGACAAAACUCCUGAAGAUGCCAAGGUGGACUCUAUUGAAGUGGAGCAGUUUCUGAAAGAUGAGCCUGAAAAAAAUGGCGAAGUUGUAACUAACCCAGAAACAUGUGUGUGAGCAUGACAGGGAAUUGAAAAGUGUUUAGAAAAGAAAGAUUUCCAACACUAUUUAUUUUAGAAACAGAACUAGUUUAGGGCUGGGCCAUCUGCUUUAGUAACUGGAAGCUAGUCAGCUCAUCAGAUCUCUUUGGAAGCUGAUUAGCUGGACAACUUAUUGGAAAAUCAGCUUUAUCAGCAAAAGGUGGAGCAUUGUGAUUAUACUUUUUAUGUAAACUAAAAAGCUUUUAUAAACACAAGUAGGCUCUUGCUAUGCAUCACCAGAAACUGCUCACUUGGAAGAGAUAUAGGAAAAGUAUAUUUUAAGAAAAGUGGACUUAUACGUAUGUUUUCAGACAAUAUUGAUGAAAUCGCUGUGUUGUGUGACUAAGUAUAAUUUCCCUGUGUUCUCUGUGAAGAGAAAAGAGUUUGAGAUGGAGAAAAAUCUCAGGAACUUAACGGUCUCCAUUAGGUUUUUGAAUUUCUUACCUUUUUAGAUUUUUUAGAUUAAUUGGCUCAGUCCUAAUUUAAUUUUGAUAAUAUCUGUAACUUUGACUUAUGUAAAUGUAUUUCUGAGUUCUGUCUAAACCUGUAACCUUUGUAAUUAUCAUCUGGAAAUUCUGUUUAUGAAAAGGCAUAUUACAGAUAGUGUCCUGAUUAGAUGACACAAGUGGUAUUCUGAGGUAGUAUACUGAAAGAAAAAAAAUGAGCAGAAUUGAUCCCGACAGACCUUAAGCAAACAAAAUUAGCCUACAUUACAUAUGCUAUGUUCAGUACGAUUUCCCUAGAGCAUUGAAAAAUAUUACAAGUAACAUGGAGAACAUGGAUAUUAGAUUUAGUAGAAUAUUCUGAAAAAGUGUCCAUUUUGUAUAUAAAAAAAGUGGUGCAAGUUUCCAGAUGUCCUAUAAAUUAGAGUGGGUAGAAUUAGGGAAGAGACUGGACUAGUUUGAAACAUGUUAGCCAUCUAUAAAAUGCAAUGUUAGCAUCACAGGAAGGUCUUAACAAGUUUGGUUUUGGUUUGUUUUCUUGUCUUCCCCUCUUCCCCUCCCUCCCCCCCCAUUUAUCCCACUUCCCUAUCCUUUUGCUUAAUCUAUGGAAGUUCAAAGUGCCAUUCCUGCUGGCUAAGGAAACACGACAGAACCGUUGAUCAUAUUUAUGACAGCACUGCACUGAAAUAGAAAAGGAAGGCACAAGGAAGGCAUUCUAUUUUUUUUUUCACCCAAACACAUUGAAGAAAUGUCAUUUUUUUGGUACAAAAUCAUGCUUCUGCAGCUUACCUUUCAGAUCUGCUUAUAAAAAUCUGUCUAGGCUUUGUGACUGCAGUAACAAUCUUCAAAACAGACUAAGUGUAAAAGAUCCGGUUUUCUUACUGGUAGCGAAGGAAUACUGGCUUUCAGGUGCCAAAAUUGUUCUGCUUGAUAACUGAAAACUUAAAGAUGCUAAUCCCCUAAAACCCCAUAUCCCUUUUAAAUUAACAUCAUUAAUUGUUUCAUACUUUACCAUUAUUAACAGAAACAAAGUGCCAAAACCAUGAACUAUCUCAGCUACCAGCUUCCAUUCUGCUAGUUUCUUCAGAAUGGCUUUGCAUCAUUAGGACAACCUUGUACAAAAAUUGAGAAGUUAGGAUCUUGACUUUUAAAAGAAAUAGAUGCUGCACAGAAUAAACUGUUUAUUUUUAUAUCCCAUGUAGUGUGUUACUUUAAAGCCUUUUAUUAAUUUAGUGGCAGGAAAUGCAGUGACAUUUCCCAGUUACAAGAGCUUAGCCAUGGAACUUAGCUCCAGUUUGCUCAAGACUAAAUUGAUACUUGAAACACAACACUGCUAGCUCCAGAAGGCAAGAGAAAAAUGGAAUCCACAGAGUAGUUUAUCGUAUCCCUACAGUACGUUUAUCAUAUCCCUAGAAGCUGCUUCAGAUGAUACAUGAAAACCUGAUACAGUUUUCAGAUUGGGGUUCCCCACUCUGUUUCAAAAAGCAAAAGCUGGAAAUGUUCCCAAAGGUGAAUUCAGAUUCUCAGCCAUUUUUGUCUUACUGUGGCUUUUGAAAGAUUUCUUUGCUAAAUAAUGCUACACUGUUAUUACACAACUAAAUGGUUAUUCCUUUAACCUCAGGUUUUGGCACAAUUUUAAGUUUCUGUACAUUCUGCAAAUUGUCUAGAUGGCUUUGUAUAUGACAGAAUAUCCUUUGUGCUUAUCAUACUGACUUUCCAGACUUGUGUUUCAUUUUUCAUACAUAAUACUUUUAUGAUUAAGCUGAAACGAGAAGUGUUAUGUUACAAUUUUAUAUGAUUGAGGCAGAAGAGGAAGUUAUGAAGACAGUGGAAAGCCAUUUCAACAAGACACCAUAAAUAACCUCGUAAGUAAAACCUAGUGUUCACAGGAAGGGCCUUUGACUCAAGGAUGAAUUACUCUGACUAGAACUGCCAGUGUUCUUGAGCUGUUUUCAGCAUAGACCUACCACUGGAUUGAGGUGUUUAUAACAGCAGGGAGAUGCUUUACUACAUGAGUGGUCAAAUCACAGGACUCCUUUAUCGACUGAGAAAUAAAAGGGCUAGAAUUUAAUUUGCUAAGAAGUUUAAAAAGCUUUUACCAUUUUCAUUAAUUACAAGAAGCAUCACCACAAAGAUGAGGAGCUCCUAAUGCAGCUCUCUUAGCAACACCAAAACUGGCAGGCUUAAGAGUAUUUCAGAGUUCUGGAGUCAGUUAAGCUCCCUGCUCCCAUUCUGUCCCAUCCAAAGGUAACACCCAGGUGUGUGCAAGCCCUCCAGUCCUCUAUCUGUUCGGCUGCCUUAAUUUCCUUGGAAAGAAAUUGCUUAUAUUGAUGGGAAAGAAACCUCCAUCCAUGCCAGAUCCCAACCUGGACACCUGUUGGCCAGUAUGAGGGUGUGCUGCAGCAUGUAAAACUGCUCCUAUUGACAUGGGCCACAAAGGCCUUCACACUGAGCUCCUGUUUUACAGACUUUCCUCCUUCCUACACCAAGACUUAAAAAAAAAAAGCAAGCAGCGAAUCCUUUGGUUCCUAGCACUGUCUAGCCAGGCUCCUUAUUUUAA